AUGUUGCUUGCUUCUACUCUCUUUUCCUACAGGGAAGAGAGUUGUGAAGCCGUCAAAGAUGACGUCAAAGGGCCUGCCUGCCGGAAUGUUAAUUGCUGUCUGGGGGUGGUUGAGAAAGAUGGAGUUACUUUUGCAAGUGGAAUUGUUCAGGAGAAUGAUCUAGUUUCUUUAUUCUGCCUUAGACAUCUGAUUACUGUGCUGCCUUAA